AUGGCUCUACGCUACCUUAUGGCCAUGGGCCUCGACAAGGGCCACAAGGUGACCAAGAACGUGAGCGUGAGCAAGCCCAGGCACAGCCGCCGCCGCGGGCGUGUGACCAAACACACCAAGCUCGUGCAGGACAUGAUUCUGGAGGUGUGUGGCUUUGCCCCGUACGAGUGGCGCGCCGUGGAGCUACUGAAGGUCUCCAAGGACAAACGGGCCCCCAAGUUUAUCAAGAAAAGGGUGGGGACGCACAUCCGCGCCAAGAGGAAGCGGGAGGAGCUGAGCAAUGUACUGGCCGCCAUGAGGAAAGCUGCUGCCAAGAAACACUGAGCCCCCUCCCCUGCCCUCUCCCUGAAAUAAAGAACAGCUUGACAGAAAAAUAAAUAAAUAAAAAUUUAAAAUAUA